AGUUGCAAAGAUCCCUUUCAGUCCCUACAUUCUAUUUUCUAACACUCUGUGUCCUAAGGUUCCUUCCAGCUCUUAUAUUCUCUGUUCUAAAGACCCUCCCAGCUCUGACAUUCUGGGUUCUAAGACUCCUCCCAGCUCUGACUUCCUUCCUUUGUUCAAAACUUCCUUUCUACUUCACACACUGCAUGCUCCAAGAUCUAUUCCAAACAUGACAUUCUCUGUUCUAAGGCUCCUCCCAGCUCUGAAGUUCUAAGGUCUAGUCCGUCUCUGACAUCCCAUGAUCUGAGGUCUCUUACAGUAACAACACUGUUAUCCUGAAAUGCUACCUUGUUGUAAUUUGUAAUUUUCUUGAUUGGUGGAGAAUAGGAGGCAGGAAAGGGAAUAAAAUUGGGAAGAGAAAGUGGUGGGUUUAGUGAAUUUGACUAAGAGAGGAGGUAACAAAUUGUAACAUUUGUUGGAAAUUAGUUUGUAGAAGGCACCUCCCUAAAGGCUGAAUACAAAGAAAGAAUGGGGAUGCAUGAGAAUAGCUAAGAGAAGUUUCUUUGAUAUAAAAUGUUCCAAUCCAGAGAAACAGCACCACUAAUUCUAAGUAUCAGAUUACAGACCUAAAGACCUAAAUUUGAGGAAUUAUACAGGAGAGGUAUAGAUUCUAGGCCUGGGAGACCACAGGAUGAUGUCACAAUGGUCUAGCCUGGAAAUUUGGCAGGGGGAUGCACUGAUAUGGAGAAGAUGACUCUUCUUUGAUUUUGAACUUAUUGCCUCUGAGGUACUGAAGGAGUUGGAGAUGCAGGACUGGAAAUAGAUGGCUAUUUCAGAGAAGUGGAUAGAGCUCUCUGCCCUCAGCCCCCACCAUGGCCACAGCUGUAGCCCAGAAGCUCAGUCGCUUCUUCCCCAGUGUCCGGCAGCUGGGACAGAUGCCCAGGCUCCUGGGGGAGCUGGCUUCCCCCCUGCCAGACAGCACUGUGGGCCGGGCUGAGGUGCCCCGCCUCUUCUGGAAGCCAUAUAUCUACUCAGGCUACCGGCCCCUGCAUCGCACCUGGCGUUUCUACUUCCUGAGCCUUUUCCAAAAGCACAACGAAGCCGUCAACGUCUGGACCCACCUGGUGGCUGCCCUGGUGCUGCUCCUGCGCCUGGCAUGCUUUGCGGGCACCGUGGACUUUGUGGGCGACCCCCACGCCCGGCCCCUCUUCCUCAUUGUCCUUGCCUCUAUCACCUACCUGCUUUUCAGUGCCCUGGCCCACCUCCUUCAGGCCAAGUCUGAGUUCUGGCAUUACAGCUUCUUCUUUUUGGACUAUGUGGGUGUGGCCGUGUACCAGUUUGGCAGUGCCCUGGCCCAUUUCUACUACGCCAUCGAGCCCGCCUGGCACGCUCGUGUGGCAGCCAUCUUCCUGCCUGCUGCCGCCUUCCUUGCCUGGUUAUCUUGUGCUGGCUCCUGCUACACCAAGUACCGCCAGUUGCCUGGGCUGCUGGGCCGCAUUUGCCAGGAGAUGCCCUCGGGACUGGCUUAUGCCUUGGACAUCAGCCCGGUGGUGCAUCGCAUCUAUGUGGCCCAGGCCCUGGGCCAGGAGGACCCUGCUGUGCUCUACCACAAGUGCCAAGUGGCUUUCUUUCUUCUGGCGGCCGCCUUCUUUUCUGCCUGCUCCCCCGAGAGGUGGUUUCCCGGAAAGUGCCACAUCUUUGGGCAGGGCCACCAGCUGUUCCAUGUCUUCCUGGUGCUGUGCACACUGGCUCAGCUUGAAGCCGUGGCCUUGGACUAUGAGGCCCGGAGGUCCAUCUACGAAGGGCUCCACCGCCGUGCCCCCCACAACUUCUCAGCCCUCUUCCUCCUCACUGUGAUCUGUAGUGUUCUCACGGCCCUCUUCCUCAGCCACCGUGUGAAGCAGGAGCUCAAUUGCAAAGAGGACUGAAGGGGGGCAGUGAAAGGGUGCUGGGUGGGGAGGGGGGAAGGGCCUGGGCCCAGCGCCCAGUUCUGGAGUGAGGAGAGCAAUCAGACUAUCUUAGAAGCCCCAGUAAAGUUGUUUGUGACUGGCC